GUCUGUCAUCUGCGAUUAUUGUGUAUGUUUUUGGUUUCGUGGUUUUUUUCGUUUGUUUCCAGAAAAUAAUCAGUUCUAUUGUGCAGUUGUGUUCUUCCACUUGACGAUAACGUUUUAUUGAUUAAUUGUUUAUAGUUUUCUUUCCUAAUAACUCCUACAUAAUGACUGAAGUGCAGUUGCAAGAAUUCAAAUUGGACCCAGACUCAGAGCUACGUUUUGAGGUUGAAUCAAAGAAUGAAAAAGUAGUUUUAGAAGUUAAGAGUGGGUAUGCAGAGUUAUUUGGUACGGAGCUGGUGAAAGGGAAGCCUUACGAGUUCCACACGGGGGCGAAGGUAGCCGUGUUCACGUGGCACGGCUGCACGGUGGAGCUCCGGGGGCGCACUGAAGUCAGUUACGUGGCGAAAGAAACUCCUAUGGUUGUCUACUUAAAUGUGCACGCAGCACUUGAGCAACAGAGGGUAGCGGCGGAACAAGAAAACACACGCGGCCCCGUGACCAUGGUGGUGGGUCCCGGAGACGUGGGAAAGUCCACGCUGACGCGGAUCCUGCUCAACUACGCCGUGCGGAUGGGUCGGAGGCCUAUAUUUGUUGAUUUGGAUGUUGGUCAAGGAAACAUUAGCAUCCCAGGAACUAUAGGUGCAAUGCUGGUAGAAAGGCCUGCGUCUAUCGAAGAAGGUUUCAGCCAACAGGCACCGCUGGUGUACCACUUUGGCCACAAGUCUCCCGGGGAGAACCUGGAGCUUUACAACACCAUUGUCUCGCGGCUAGCCGAAGUCAUCACCGAAAGGUGUGAAAACAAUAAGAAAGCGGCAACUUCAGGAGUUAUAAUCAAUACAUGUGGCUGGAUUAAGAAUGCCGGUUACAAAGUUCUCACACAUGCAGCGCAAGCUUUUGAGGUUGACGUUAUCCUAGUCCUAGACAAUGAAAGACUGUUCAUUGAAUUGAAGAGAGACAUGCCAAAGUUCGUCAAAGUGGUCUACCUGCCGAAAAGUGGAGGUGUCGUGGAACGGUCAGAUACGCAGCGAGCGGAGAGCCGUGACGCUCGAGUGAGAGAAUACUUCUACGGCAAGCGCACACCCUACUACCCGCAUUCCUUCGACGUCAAGUUCAGCGAUCUCAAGAUAUACAAGGUGGGCGCGCCAUCCCUGCCAACAUCGUGCAUGCCGCUGGGCAUGCGUGCCGAGGACGCGCUGACCAAGCUCGUGGGCGUGCCCGCGGGAGCCGCGCUUGCUCACCGCGUGCUCGCCGUGUCCUUCGCGGCUGCGCCCGAUGAUGACGUAUUACAUACAAACUUAGCUGGCUUCGUGUGCGUCACGGCAGUAGACACGGAGCGGCAGACGCUGACGGUGCUGUCGCCGCAGCCGCGCCCGCUGCCCAACACCAUCCUGCUGCUGUCCGACCUGCAGUACAUGGACAACCACUAGCCGCCGGCGGCGCGCGAGACUCUGUUCACAUUGCCACGCGCGACGUUUUAGGGUGGCCGGUGCCAUGAGCAUAAAGUUAAUAUACCUAGCGGAAUAGAGCAACAGAUAACUGAAACUAAAGCCCGGUCUCCGAACACGUAGAAUUUCGUCCAAAGACCCCUAGUUACCCAUCCCUAUCGCUCGCGCGUAAUUAUAUUGCUGACGCGACUGUGCGACGGGCGCCCGCAGUGAGUGUGCGAGCGCGACAGCAACAUAAUUACGCGCGAGCGAUAAGGGCGGGUAGCUUGGGGUCUUUGGACGAAAUUCUACGUGUUCGGCGACCAGACUAGAGCAGCAACACUGUGUGAUAAAAAGAGAUGCGUGAUGUCGUCGCUGUAACGUCAAAGAGAACCGUUUUUUGAAACUAUUUGACAGUUCGGAGGCACUUAUUGGCACACUGAAAAUUUGAGCUCUUGAGAUAUUUUCAGAUACUACGUUAGUAAAAUCGUGGAGGUUUACGAGAAAUAGUGCUUCAAAAACGUGGUGACUGGUUCAGUGAUUGAUUUAUUGUACAAAAAAGUGAAUAAUAAUCCUGACACUGACACACAAAUGAUAUCCAGUGUCAUCCAAAAUCUUUUUCGUUUGACAGCUCGUAGUUGCUUUAUUCCGAAGGAAUAUUAACUUUAUGGCCAUGAGCGACUUUUAUCAAGAUGGCGGCCGGUGUCACACGUGACGUUUAAAUAAGAUGGCGGUCGGCGCGUGUUUAUAAACUCGCGCGCACCGCAUAUUGUAAACGCUAUAAGACUUAAAUAAAGGAAAUUUUACAGGAUAACACUAUUGUUAUUUAUAUUUCUUGCUAAAAUACAUAGUAUUUUUUUAUAUUAACUAAGCAGCAAAUAUAAAUCAUCAUAAAAUUGUUUUUCCAGUAAUAUUUACUUGUAGUUAGCUCCUAAGAAAUUAAUUUGUACCUUGAUAGAGGUACCGCAUCUCAAAGACACUGUAAAUAUUUACUAAGAUAAUGUUAUUAGGAAUUUGAAUAAAUGUUUUCUACAAAAUA